UCUCCUCUCAGUGCUGCCUGGAGGAGUGCUUGGAGAAGUUUUGCCUGGAUUGCGUGGCAGUGCAAGACACAAUGAAUGGUCAUAUUUCUAAUCCCAGUGGUUACGGAAUGUACUCAACUCCAGUAAAUGGCUACGGUUCAUCAUCUACCUAUUCCCAGAUGGACAGAGAGCACAGUUCAAAAACAAGUGCAAAGGCCCUUUAUGAACAGAGGAAGAAUUAUGCACGGGACAGUGUCAGCAUUGUGUCAGAUGUAUCCCGGUAUCGUGUGGAACACUUGACUACCUUUGUGCUGGAUCGAAAAGAUGCUAUGGUAACAGUUGAUGAUGGGAUAAGGAAGCUGAAAUUGCUUGAUGCCAAGGGCAAAGUGUGGACUCAAGACAUGAUUCUUCAAGUGGAUGACAGAGCUGUGAGCCUGAUUGAUUUAGAGUCAAAGAAUGAACUGGAAAAUUUUCCUCUAAGUACCAUCCAGCACUGCCAAGCAGUGAUGCACGCAUGCAGCUAUAAUUCUAUCCUUGCCCUGGUGUGCAAAGAGCCAACCCAGAACAAGCCAGAUCUUCAUCUUUUCCAGUGCGAUGAGAUUAAGGCCAACCUGAUUAGUGAAGAUAUCGAAAGUGCUAUCAGUGACAGUAAGGGAGGGAAACAGAAGAGGCGGCCUGAUACCCUGAGGAUGAUUUCCAAAGCCGAACCUGGCAUCCCACCUCCACCCAGAGCGCCGGCCCCUGUGCCCCCUGGGACCAUGACCCAGGUUGAUGUGCGAAGCCGGGUGGCAGCCUGGUCUGCGUGGGCAGCUGACCAAGGGGACUUUGAGAAACCAAGGCAAUAUCAUGAGCAGGAAGAAACACCCGAGAUGAUGGCAGCACGGAUUGACAGAGAGGUGCAAAUCUUAAACCACAUUUUGGAUGACAUUGAAUUUUUCAUUAUGAAACUCCAAAAAGCAGCAGAAGCAUUUUCUGAGCUUUCCAGAAGAAAGAAAACUAAGAAAAGUAAAAAGAAAGGACCAGGAGAGGGUGUUUUAACUCUGAGGGCAAAACCUCCACCUCCUGAUGAGUUUGUUGACUGUUUCCAAAAAUUUAAACAUGGAUUUAAUCUUCUGGCCAAAUUGAAGUCUCACAUCCAGAAUCCCAGUGCUGCAGAUUUGGUUCAUUUUCUAUUUACUCCAUUGAAUAUGGUGGUACAGGCAACAGGAGGCCCUGAACUAGCCAGUACCGUGCUUAGCCCCCUCCUGACUAAGGACACAAUUGAUUUCUUAAAUCAUACGGUCAGUGCUGAUGAACGGCAGCUGUGGAUGUCCCUGGGCGAAGCUUGGAUGAAAACCAGGACAGAGUGGCCAAAAGAACAGUUUAUACCCCCUUAUGUCCCACGUUUCCGGAAUGGUUGGGAGCCACCAAUGCUGAACUUCAUGGGCGCACCGAUGGAUCAAGAUCUUUAUCAGCUGGCUGAAUCUGUGGCAAGUGUAGCAGAACACCAACGCAAGCAAGAAAUUAAAAGAUUAUCCACAGAGCAUUCCAGUGGAUCAGACUACUCUCCUGCGGACGCCUAUACGUAUAACAGCAACCUUUACACGCGAGCGCCCCUUUCGGAACAAGGAGAGCCUGCUGUUGCUAUUAAGCCAACUCCGAGUCGCCAUGUAGAUAGAAACUAUGACCCAAUGAAAACACAACCUAAGAAAUAUGCCAAAUCCAAGUAUGACUUUGUAGCCAGGAACAACAGUGAGCUCUCAGUCCUAAAGGAUGAUAUUUUAGAGAUACUUGAUGACAGGAAGCAGUGGUGGAAAGUUCGAAAUGCAAGUGGAGACUCUGGAUUUGUGCCAAAUAACAUUUUGGAUAUUGUGAGACCUCCAGAGUCUGGGUUGGGGCGUGCUGACCCACCAUAUACGCAUACCAUACAGAAACAAAGGCUGGAGUAUGGGCCAAGACCAUUGGAUACUCCCUCUGCGCCUUCACCUCCUCCUGCACCAGCUCCUGUUCCUGUUCCCCUUCCCCCUGCUGCUCCUACAGCUGUUCCUGUCUCGAAGAUCCCAGCCAACAUAACCCGGCAGAACAGCAGCUCCAGCGAGAGUGGUGGCAGUAUCAUUCGAGACAGCCAGAGACAGAAGCAACUUCCAGUGGAUCGCAGGAAAUCCCAGAUGGAAGAAGUACAGGAUGAGCUCAUCCACAGGCUGACCAUUGGUCGGAGUGCUGCCCAGAAGAAGUUCCACGUGCCACGGCAGAACGUGCCAGUUGUCAACAUCACCUAUGACUCUACACCCGAGGAUGUGAAGACCUGGCUGCAGUCCAAGGGAUUCAACCCUGUGACUGUCAAUAGUCUUGGAGUAUUAAAUGGUGCCCAACUUUUCUCUCUCAAUAAAGAUGAACUGAGAUCCGUGUGUCCUGAAGGGGCCAGAGUCUUUAGCCAAAUCACCGUACAAAAAGCUGCACUAGAGGAUAGCAACGGCAGCUCUGAGUUGCAAGAAAUCAUGCGACGACGACAGGAAAAAAUCAGUGCGGCUGCAAGUGACUCAGGAGUGGAAUCGUUUGAUGAGGGAAGCAGCCACUAAUUUGUGUGUGUGCUUUUUUAAAUUCCAUAUUCUUGGCAUUAUUCCAAUAUGCUUUGUUUUCAGAAGCCUUGAAGGGAAUGUCAGAUUUGUUUUUUUCUUGGUGUAUUUAAUUUAUCACCAUUUUAAAAACAUGCAAAUCUAAGUAAGCAGAGGACUUGUGUGAGGGACCAUUAUUUUUCUAAAAUUGGAAAAGGAUCUUAAACUGAAAAAUUUUGCCCUGGGGAUAUGUAUUUUCUGCUUGGCUACAAUGAAAUUUCCUUAAUUAGUUUUAAUUAUUCAAGCCAUAUUUUGGGGGUAUAUAUGAGGUUGCUGUGGCGCCUAAAUGUAUCACAACAAAGCAGAUAUUGUCAGUGAUUUGAAAUCUAAUGAAAUUGCAGUUUUGCCUGUGAAUGUGACGUCUGGCCUCACCUUACUAAGUCCCUGCUUACCUAGGUCUCUGACAUACUCAAUGAUAGACUGUUUAUUUAACGUUCUUAAUGCCAAUGGUUUAAAAAAAUAAAAUACUAGAAAAACAGCAUUGAAACAUUUGAAGGACUGUAAAGUACAGCCAGGCCUGCACUUGCAAAUGCAAAGCUGUGGAGGAUUCCACAGACAUGUUACACAGCUCUCCUGAUCGUAGUUCCUUGCACAGUGUGUAUACUGAUUUAGUUCAUAUUCUGCUGCUUAUGUGUUACCGUAUUCCUGUAUGUGAGAAAGCACAAGUUGGAAAGAGGUCAUAUUCAAUCAAAAUCUGUCACACAGAGUAGCCUGCCCUGGUGCACAUGACAGUAUUUUGCUUAAUGAUGGCCUCUGAGUAUUGAUAGACGUAGUGAAAAGGAACCUGGGGCCAUUUAUUGUGUAUUUCUGUGUCAAGUCUUUUUGGUAAGAAGAAACACUUAAUUUACACAUAUUUUGAUCCAGUCAUAGAUUCUAGAUAGAGGAAAGAGAGAAACCUAACCUUCAACAAAAGUUAUUUUUGGAAACACAAUUUUUGUCAUUUAAUGUUAUUUCACAUAUAUGAAACAGAUGUUAUGUGAGAAUGUUGUAUAUUUUAACAUAAAUCCAUUUAGAGAGAUUAUCUAGAUUCAUUAAUUUUCAUAGUGCCUUUUUCACGAGUCAGCCGAAAAGUCUGCAAUAAACAGUAUUUGCUGUAUGUUAAUAAACGGUUUCUGUUUUAUUAGAAGGGAUAUUCGCUGUGUAGAUUGGAAUUUACAAUUGAAUGGAAUAAAUUGGGAAAAAGUGGACAUACAUAGUUUUUUCCUAAUUAGAAUUCAUUUAUUUCUGAAUGGAUAAAACCAUUCUCCAUAUUAUAUAUAUAUAUUUUAUUCUCCAAGUAUUUAUUUUCUUUCUACAUUUUUUAUCUCACCUUUUUUCUGCCACCUAACAAUAGUUGCUAAAAGUAAUGAGGAUUAAAUGUAUAGAGCACUUAAAAUGGUUAAAUGCCUUCAUGUAAAUACUUAAUAUUUAGAAAUAACUGUGAACUACAUGAGGAAAAUUUCAUAAAGGCUGUAGAAAAUAAAGUUACAAGUAAGUUUACUUUUGGUGCAAAAAAAAAAAAUUGAAAUGCAUGCAUAGUUUUUCAUAACAUGCAUUUUCCAAGAACGUCUAGUGAGCCUUCCCACGCAUGGAUUUCAGAGUGGGCUUCAUAUUUUUUUUCACCAAAUUAAAGUUAUAUUUUAAUUUCAUUUUCUGUGAGUUUGCUGAAGUGUCCUACUAUUUUCAGGAAGUUUAUUCCCUAGAGGCUAACUUUUCCCAGAUCAUGCAGGUCAGGAAAGCUUUUCCCGUCCCGUAUCUGUGUCACCAUAACACUGCCCCUUGGACAGUGCACCAAAUGUAAGAACGAGUUAAGGAGAAUUAGUUUAGACCCUUUACAUUUCACAAAUACUGUCACAUGUUGGUAACUUUUCCUUAUUGAAAACUGGGGAUAUAGGAAUAAGACAAAAGAAAGAACAUUUGAGAAGUUGACAUAAUCUGCGUGCAAAUUAGCAAACCUGAUCUUAAAGUAGUUGUUGUAACCAGUGUCUUUAUGCUGUAAAUUACAAAGGAAAAUAUCCCCAGUAUAGUGAUUGCUGGAAGCACUCACCUCACUGAGGGCUGCAGGGAGCAAGGAGAAGAGAUGAACGGGAUGUAGACACUUCCUGGGAGGGCACCCCAAAGUGGAGAUCCAGACACGCAAGGAGUGUGGUCACUGGGGCCUCAGAAGUUUGAUGGAAAAGUCCAUCAAGUUGGAAAACAAA